GAAACAGGAUAUGCGCUUCGUCGACACCAUCUAAAGGAAUUUCAGAAAUUGCAAAGAUCAGGUACAGAUAACCCAAAGGAGGAGUCCAAGGAGGGUUUUCUAUUUGAGAAGCUUAGCAGCCUCAGAGUGUAGAGCUUGGUGUGACAGGACGAGCCUCCAACUUCGACAGCAGUAAAAUGGCGGAUAUUUCAGCGGAAGAGAUCACCAUGAGGGCCAACCAAGUGACCGAUGAGUCCUUGGAGUGCACCAGGCGGAUGCUACAGAUGGCCGAGGAGACCAGGGAGACUGGUGUCAACACCAUCGACAUGCUGGACCAACAGGGGGAGCAACUGAGACGGACAGAGGAGGGUAUGGACCAGAUCAACCAGGACAUGAGGAAGGCUGAGAAGAACCUGACUGACCUGUCCAAGUGCUGUGGUCUCUGUGUCUGCCCCUGUGACAGGGUGACGUCCAUAGAGCAUGACUCUAAGUACAAGCGUACCUGGGGAACAGGUGAUGGUAGCAGUACAGGAGAGGGAGGGGAUGGCUCGGUGGUGUCCAGGCAACCCUCAGGCAUCCAUAACGGACAAGCCAACCAGCAGCAGCCCAUGGGGGGCUCUGGACCCUACAUCAAAAGGAUUACCAACGAUGCUCGGGAGGAUGAGAUGGAGGAGAACCUGGAUCAGGUGGGCAGCAUCAUAGGGAACCUGAAGAACAUGGCCAGUGACAUGGGCGCUGAGCUAGACAAGCAGAACAAACACAUCGACCGCAUCACAGAAAAGGCGGACGUAAACAAAGCACGUAUCGAUGAAGCCAACCAGCGAGCCAAUAAGCUCAUCAAGUAGACCUACCUACCUGCUCCCGAUUUUGAAAUCAUCCACCUUGAAUCUCUGCCUCAGCUCGCAUGUACACACACACACACACACACACUCUCUCUCUCUCCUUGAGAACAAAGUAAAUCAACCAGGACAAAACCCAUGAAUCAGCACCUACCACACGUGCCUUUUCUGUAAUGAUGUAAAUAUGCUCACGCAACUCUCUCUUAUUCUACCUUUUUAUGACUAGUUCAAAGUCCUUGCCUGGGUCCCUUCCCAAAUAUGUGACGCAGUGAAUCACUUUUCCAGGCAUUGUGAGAUCUGUGCCCGUAUUCAGAAAGCCUCUGAGUAGGAUGGCUGAUGUAAGAUGGGUUAUAUAUUCAUUCAGGCCCUGAUAAGCAGUGGAGGCUGCUGAGAGGAGGACGGCUCAUAGUAAUGGGGUAGUGUCAAACACAUGGGUUCAAUGUGCUUGAUGCCGUUCCAUCCACUCCAUUCCAGCCAUUAUUUUGAGCUGUCCUCCCCUAAUAUAUGUGCAGUGUGGCUGCCGAAAAUAUGACCUGGAACAUCAGAUUCUCACCGUCUGUUGCCCCCUGGUGGACAUGGGGUGUCACAGCAGCUGUAUACACCUCAGGCAUAUGCAGGGAAAAGUUAUGAGACAACAGCUCUUCAUAUCAUGGCAUUUGUAAUUAUUGUUAUUGUUUGAAAUGUGCUUAUUUAAUUAUUCUUAUAAAGCAGAAGUGACUUGUGAAUAAAGUUAGGACCUAUACCCUUUGAAUUGAAAUAAUGUUUGAACGAUCUAAUAUCUGUUUUACACUUAACAAACUUCUUGAAUGGGUUUGUAUGGCCUGGGGUCCAGCUAUAACACAUCGAAUGAGGAAAACAUACUAUUACAUUAAACAUGUUUUCCUUAGAGUAAAAACGAAUCAUUAACCAAAGAUCUUGUCACUGUUAGAUUUACCUCUGAUAGCCUGGGUGCCAGUCUGUUUGUGCUAUCAUGCCAACUCUUUGGCUGGGAUUCAAUUCGACCAUGCUUUGUCAGCUAUGCACAUUUAAAGGCAAUGUUUUCGUGUUCGCUGCAUAUGUCGGUUGAAUCGAACAUGACCUUUCUUUUAAAAUGUCAAGCGCACUAUAAGGCUGAUCUACCGUGGUUUGGAUGGAAGCUCUGCCCUUGACCCUCAUUGGCUUGACAAUGAAUGAGCAAUGGAGUUGUCAAGAAUACAAACAGAUCUGGGACCAGGCUACAUCUCUGCCACCAAUGGAUCAAAUGCUGUACGUCCCCUCAUUGUUAUUUCAUUCCUUUCUAUUUGAACUGCCAUGUUUUCACCUGAGAGGCCUAAGUGCCUUUUGUCUUGGAAAGAUUCCAGUGGCUGUGUUGUAACAGCCUGGUCCCCAAAACAUCUCUUCUGCCUGUCAGUAAUUUAGGCAUAGAUUCAAUCCGUAGUGUCGAAGACCUGCACUAUAGCGUAAUUGACAUUCUAUAGGCAAUUUUCCCGCGUUUGCUGAGACUGCAUUUACGGUAAACAAUGACUUUUUAAUUUCGAUCUCUAUGGUGGAUCUUCCACACUAUGAUUCAAUAUAUCCUCUUAUUCAUCCAGAAAUGUCCCAUCUGUUUCUUCAUUAAAUAUUUGUAAGAAAAACUAUGUGAAAAUGUUCUUCUGCAUUCAGGUAUGUUCUGGUUCAGACUGAAAGAAACUGAUUAUCUAAGGCUGGAUAUUAACCAAAGUGACAUUUGGACUAAUUUAGAUUGUUAUGCUAGCUACGUUAUACUUCUGUCUAGAGUCUGUUGCUUCAACACCGGAGUGAAAUAACACUCAUGGUUACAACUGUAAUUCAUCAACUGCAUCUUUUUCACUUAAGAAUAUGUUGAGGAAAAACUCUUGCUCUGUCUGGAUGAUUGAAAUAAAAGGCACUUCUAUGAUGUUAAACAAUC